AUGCAUCUUUCAGUCUUUACAGCACUCAUCUCUGUGGCCUCGGCCGUCCUCAUCCAAGGACCUCCCGGUCCUUAUUCGGUCGCCCGCAAGGUGCAAGCUUUCGAGGAUUCAGCAAGAUGGGAUCCAUUGGCACCGGCGGAUAAGCCGGAGAAACGACGCGUUGCCACAUCAGCAUUCAUCCCCGUGAAGAAGGGUAACUGCUCGGACGAUGUGGUCCCUUACAUGACACCCAUCACCGCCAAGGCAAUGGCAGGGUUUUCCGCCUCGCUCGGGUUCGCUCUUCCCGACGACUUCUUCGACAAUCUCGAGAUGGCAUUCUGCAAGGUUGGCGAAGCUUGCAAGUCCCGACGCGACGCGUCACGGAAGAAGUACCCAGUAGUGCUGUUCUCUCCGGGACUUGGGGGCUCAAGACAUAUGUACGGCGUUCUGGCUCGGUCUCUUGCUAGUUAUGGCUAUGUUGUUCUCACAUUGGAUCAUACGUAUGAGACCGGCGUUGUCGAAUUUCCGGAUGGAAGCGUAGUCUACGGCGUGGUCAACGCGACAGGAGGUCUUGCCCCGGCCUACUUAGAGUCGCUUGUCGAGACACGACGAGCCGACUUUUCCUUCGUCAUCGAUCAAUUGCAAACCCCCGAUGUAGCUGCUCAACUUGUGGCUGGCACGGGGGCGUCAAUCGACUCUGACGAGGUCUUUGUUUACGGCCACUCACUCGGAGGAGCGACUUCUGCCGCUACGAUCCUCACUGACGACCGUGUUCUCGGGGGGCUCAACUUUGACGGCGCCAUGUACGGUCCAGUACCCACCGAAGGUAGCGACAAGCUCCUUGUUCUAGCCGGGCAGCCGGUAUUGCCCCAGACAGUUUUCCCUGGGGUUCCCUCUUGGAAUGAAACGUACGACAAACACCAGGGCCCUGCACUUAUCGUCACGAUCAACGGUACAAUGCACCCGACGUUUCUCGAUGCGCCUCAACUUCCCCCGAUCAAAGAACUUUUGAAGAAUCCGGACUACACCGCUGCUCUCCAGGGUUUCCUCGGUACUAUUGAUGGCGACCGCGCUGGGCAGCUCACCAUUGACAUCGUGAGGACCGCCUUGCAUUCUGUGUUUGACGGGAAGAAGGAUGAACUCUGCAAUAUUGAGAAGCUCGGCCCGGAGCUUGACCUCCUGAAAAUCAAGGGCCUCGGCUGUCCGCAGGAAUGA